AUCAAUAUAAACAAUCAGCAAUUGGUUAUUGUUGUUACUUGUUGGAAUACUGGUGACGUUUGUUGUUAAAUUUUCGAAAAACAAUUAUUAUACAAAUAGUUAUAUUUUGGAAGAUAUUUAUGUAAUAGUUUUGAAUAUUUUGCACUCAUCACUUUCUUCAUAGCUACGCAUACAGAUCAUCUAUAUAUAUAGAUAUAUAUAUUCGGAUUUGGUGCAAUUUUAUAAGAAUAAAAUUUGACGAUUCACUGUAGUCGGCGAAUUGCUAUAAAAGAAUAUAAGUGUUAUUUAACACUUUUUUGCACAAUAAAAAAUGGCUUGGGUACCGCUUGAAUCUAAUCCAGAGGUUAUGACUAAGCUUUUGCAUAAGCUUGGUGUUCCAAAACAAUGGGGUCUAGUAGAUGUAUAUAGUUUGGAUUUAGAUAUGUUGGAAAUGCUACCAAAACCUGUUUUGGCAAUGAUAUUGCUUUAUCCCAUGACUCCAAAGUCUGAAUCAUUCAAAAUUGAGUUGGAAAAAACUGAAAAAGAAAGUGGUAGUGGUUCUGACAAAAUUUACCACUUAGCUCAGUAUGUAUCAAAUGCUUGUGGAACAAUAGCUUUAUUGCACAGUGUUGCAAAUAAACUUGAUAAGAUUGAGUUAGAAGAUGGAGAACUGAAAAAAUUUAUUGAUGAUACAAAAGACUUAACUUCUGAAAAGAGGGGUGAGAAGCUUGUCGAGGCUCAAGGAAUAAGUGUGACUCAUGAAGACUCUGCUCAUGAGGGGCAAACUGAAGCACCUGGUGAGGAUGAAAAAGUGUUUCAUCAUUUUGUAGCAUUUGUUGAGAGAAACGGAUCGAUAUGGGAACUAGGUAAAUUAACAAAUAGCAGAUGUAAAAUCAGACUGAAUAUUAUCGUAUAUGACGAGAUAAAAUCGGAACAUGUUAUUUCAGAUGGUAGAAAGCCAUACCCAAUCAACCACGGGCCGUCGAACACGGAAACAUUCUUGGAAGACGCUGCUCGAGUGUGCAAAGAGUAUAUGAGCCGAGAUCCAGAAGAGGUUGGCUUUACUAUAAUGGCUCUGGCGGCAUUGGAAUAAAUUU